AUGCUCGCUCUCAUCCUCGCCCCCAUUCCCCCAUCCGAUAUGCUAUCGCCGCCUCCCGCUCCCUCGUGCUUUCCGCCCUUCCUUCCGAGUCGCCUCUCAUACAUCCUCGCUUACCGCCCGUAUACUGUCCACGUACCCCCACACCCGUACACCUGCCAUACACCCAUACACCGUCUACUCAUCCCUCCCACAUACCCGUACACCUCACAUCUCCCGCAAUAUCAUUUGAGCUUUUCGUUUCAUGCCUUGAUCCAUACUCUCAGGGCCGUCUUGGUCUCCUCCCCCGGUCUCGUCUUCGUCCUCUUCCUCGGUCUCGUCUUCUCCCCUCCUCCCGUGCUCUCCCUCACUCAGCCCUUCUGCUGUUGCCACCCUUCCUUCCCUUCCUUCCCUUCCUUCCCUUCCUUCCCUUCCUUCCCUUCCCACUCCUCGCGCCCCUCCCGACGCGCAGCGUGCGCCUUGGCUCGCGCUCCUUCCCUUCUCCCAGCGCCGCACGCCCCCGACUCGCGCCCUGGCUCGCGCGCCCCGGCUCGCGCUCCUCACGACGCACUGCGCCCUGGCUCGCACCCCUCGCGCCGCACGCCCCGACUCGCGCUCCUCCCUCGGCUUACUCCGAGCGACGCGUGCUCCGACUCGCACGCCCCUGGCUCGCGCUCCUCGUCACCUCGCGCGCACUCCGCGCGAUGCGCGCCCGGCUCGCACGCGCCCUACUCGCGCUCCUCGCGCCGCGCCCCCGGCCCGCGCCCCUCGUCACGCGCUCGCGCCCCCGGCUCGCGCUCCUCACGCGCACUUCUCGCCCCCUCGGCUCGCACGCCUCACGACGCACGCCACGAGCUCGCGCACCUCGCGCCGCACGUCCCGGCUCGCGCUCUUCACGACGCGCUCCCUCGGCUUACUCCUCGGGCUCGCGAACCCCGCCACGAGCUCGCGCUUCUCACGACGCACGCGCCCCCGGCUCGCGACUCGCGCCCUGGCUCGCACUCCUCACGACGCGUGCCCCCGGCUCGCGCUCCUCUGCUCCUCACGACGCGCACGGCUCGCCCUUCCUUCCCACUCCGUCCCUCCCCACUCCUCGCGCUCCCUUGGCUUACUCCGAGCGGCGCGCUCCUAACGACGCGCCCUGCUCGCACGCCUUGGCUCGCGCUCCUCACGACGCACGCCUUGGCUUGCGCUCCUCGGGACGCGCACGGCUCGCGCUCCUCACGAUGCGCACCCCGGUUCGCACGCCUUGGCUCGCGCUCCUCGAACGCGCCCCCGGCUCGCGCUCCUCUGCUCCUCGCACUCCUCACGCCCCGGCUCGCGCUCCUCACGACGCGCCCUGCUCGCGCUCCUCUGCUCCUCACUCCUCACGAUGCGAGCGCCGGCUCGCACCCCUCGCGACGCGCGACGCCCGCCACGGCUCGCACUCCUCACGACGCGCCCCCGACGCGCCUCGGCUCGCACGCCCUGGAUCGCGCCCGGCUCGCACUCCUUGCGCCGAGCCCCGACGCGCGCGCUCUCGGCUCGCGCUCCUCGCGCUCCUCGCGACGCGCUCCUCGUCACGCACUCCUCGGGCUCGCGCGAUGCGGUCCUCGCACGCCCUCGGCUCGCACGCCUUGGCUCGCGCUCCUCGGGACGCGCACGGCUCGCACGCCUCGUCAUGCGCUCCUCACGACGCUCCUCGCGCCCUAUUCGCACGCCCUCCUCACACGCCCUACUCGCACUCCUCGCGACGCGGCUCGCGCGCAUUCCUCGCUCCUCGCGCUCCUCGCGACGCGCCCCUGA